AUGGCUUUUGAGGCAUUGACUUGGUACUGCAAGCCAGUAGCAGACGGAUUUUGGGAGAAAGCAGCCGAUGGUGCGUUUGGCGCCUACACGCCAUGCGCGAUUGACUCACUAGUGAUGCUUGGUUCUCACUUUGUGCUUCUUGGUUUGUGUUUCUACCGGAUAUGGACCAUCUUCCACAAUACCAAAGCUCAGAUAUAUGUUUUGAGGAAGAAACACUAUAACUGUCUCCUAGGGAUAUUGGCUUGUUACUGUGUUGUUGAGCCUGUACUGAGAUUGGUCAUGGGGAUUUCACUCUUUGACAUGGAUGAAGAGACCAGUCUUCCUCCCUUUGAGGUUGCGUCUUUAAUUGUUGAGGCAUUUGCUUGGUUCUCCAUGCUUGUUUUGAUUGGGCUGGAAACCAAACAAUAUGUCAAAGAGUUCCGAUGGUACCUGAGAUUUGGUGUUGUUUAUGUUUUGGUUGCUGAUGCUGUGCUCCUGGACCUCCUGUUGCCUCUCAAGAACUCAGUCAAUAGAACUGCCCGGCAUCUCUUUAUCAGUUCAAGAUGUUCCCAGGCUCUUUUUGGAAUUCUUCUUCUUGUUUACAUUCCGGAACUGGAUCCUUACCCGGGUUACCAUACUCUGAACAAUGAACCGUUAGACAAUGUUGAAUAUGAUGCACUCCCCGGAGGAGAGAACAUAUGCCCCGAGCGACAUGCCAGCAUAUUUUCCAGAAUAUACUUUGGUUGGAUCACGCCGCUUAUGCAGUUAGGCUACAGAAAACCCAUAACCGAGAAGGAUGUUUGGCAAUUAGACAAAUGGGACCAAACAGAAACUCUGAUCAAAAGAUUCCAAAGAUGCUGGACUGAAGAAUCACAGAGACGCAAGCCGUGGCUUCUCCGAGCACUGAAUAGUAGCCUUGGUGGAAGGUUCUGGUUGGGUGGUAUUUUUAAGAUUGGAAAUGAUCUUUCUCAAUUUGUUGGACCGGUUAUACUGAGCCAUCUAUUGCGGUCAAUGCAAGAAGGUGAUCCAGCUUGGGUUGGCUACGUAUAUGCUUUCUUAAUUUUCGUUGGAGUGACACUUGGAGUGCUCUGUGAAGCUCAGUACUAUCAGAAUGUUUGGCGCGUGGGAUUUCGUUUGAGGUCAACUUUGGUUGCAGCAAUAUUCCACAAAUCUUUAAGACUAACUCACGAAGCUCGCAAGAAUUUUGCAUCUGGGAAGGUCACAAACAUGAUAACUACAGAUGCCAAUUCGCUUCAGCAAAUAUCACAACAGCUUCAUGGCUUAUGGUCAGCUCCCUUUCGCAUCAUUGUGUCUAUGAUACUUCUGUACCAACAACUAGGAGUUGCUUCGCUUUUCGGUUCAUUAAUUCUGUUUCUCUUAAUUCCUCUCCAGACUCUGAUUAUAAGCAAAAUGCGGAAACUGACUAAAGAAGGACUCCAGUGGACUGACAAAAGAGUCGGCAUUAUGAAUGAGAUUUUGGCAUCCAUGGAUACUGUAAAAUGCUAUGCAUGGGAGAAGAGCUUCGAGUCCCGGAUUCAAGGAAUUAGAAACGAAGAACUCUCAUGGUUUCGCAAAGCGCAGUUGCUAUCAGCUUUUAACAGCUUUAUACUGAACAGCAUCCCGGUAGUUGUGACCGUAGUUUCAUUUGGGGUUUUCGUUCUGCUUGGAGGAGAUUUGACACCAGCAAGAGCAUUCACAUCUCUUUCUCUCUUUGCAGUUCUUAGAUUUCCUCUCAACAUGCUUCCAAAUCUACUUAGCCAGGUUGUCAACGCCAAUGUUUCACUGCAACGCAUGGAAGAACUACUUUUAAGUGAAGAGAGAAUUCUAGCGCAAAACCCACCUCUUCAACUAGGAGCUCCAGCCAUUUCAAUUAAGAAUGGAUACUUUUCAUGGGAUUCAAAGAGUACAAAGCCUACAUUAUCCAAUAUCAAUUUGGAGAUACCGGUCGGCAGCUUGGUUGCCAUUGUAGGUGGAACGGGAGAAGGUAAGACAUCACUUGUUUCGGCAAUGUUGGGGGAGUUAUCUCAUGCUGAGACCACAAAUGUUGUUAUUCGAGGCUCCGUAGCUUAUGUUCCCCAAGUUUCAUGGAUCUUCAAUGCCACUGUGCGUGAAAACAUUUUAUUUGGGUCGGAUUUUGAGGCGGAAAGAUAUUGGCGGGCUAUUGAUUCUACUGCCUUACAACACGAUCUUGAUUUGCUGCCGGGGCGUGAUCUUACAGAGAUUGGAGAAAGAGGGGUGAAUAUUAGUGGAGGGCAGAAGCAGAGAGUCUCAAUGGCAAGGGCAGUCUACUCAAACUCAGAUGUUUACAUAUUCGAUGAUCCUUUGAGUGCUCUAGAUGCUCAUGUUGCCCAGCAGGUCUUUGAUAGCUGCAUGAAAGAGGAGCUGAAGGGGAAAACGAGGAUUCUUGUCACAAAUCAGCUACAUUUUCUUCCUUUGAUGGAUAGAAUAAUUUUAGUUUCCGAAGGAUUGAUCAAAGAGGAAGGAACCUUUGAAGAGCUGUCAAAAAAUGGGAGAUUGUUCCAGAAACUAAUGGAGAAUGCUGGGAAAAUGGAUGCAACCCAAGAUAUGAAUAAAAGUGACGAGAAAAUCUCAAAGCCGGGUCCUACUCUCACGGUUGAUGUGAGUGAUAGAAAUUCUGGCAGUACCAAGCAAGGAAAACGAGGAAGAUCCGUUCUGGUAAAGCAAGAAGAACGGGAAACUGGCAUCAUUAGUUGGAAUGUUUUGAUGAGGUAUAAAAAUGCAGUAGGUGGCUUAUGGGUAGUAAUGAUUCUCUUUGCUUGUUAUUUAACAACUGAAGUUCUCAGAGUUUCAAGUAGCACAUGGUUAAGUUUUUGGACCGAUCAAAGCACGUCAAAGAGUUACAGUCCCGGGUUCUACAUCAUUGUGUAUGCUCUUCUCGGAUUUGGUCAGGUUGCUGUGACGUUUACCAACUCUUUUUGGCUGAUCACAUCAAGUUUACAUGCCGCCAAAAGACUCCAUGACGCGAUGCUGAAUUCUAUCAUGCGAGCUCCUAUGCUCUUCUUCCACACAAACCCAACAGGACGUGUAAUAAACAGGUUUUCAAAGGAUAUUGGGGACAUAGAUAGAAAUGUCGCCAACCUAAUGAAUAUGUUCAUGAACCAGCUUUGGCAACUCCUCUCGACGUUUGCUCUUAUUGGUACCGUCAGUACAAUCUCACUGUGGGCAAUAAUGCCACUCUUAAUACUGUUUUAUGCAGCAUAUCUCUACUAUCAGAGCACAUCCCGGGAAGUUAAACGUCUGGAUUCGGUUACAAGAUCACCUAUCUAUGCUCAGUUUGGAGAAGCUUUGAAUGGUUUGUCAAGCAUCCGAGCCUAUAAAGCCUAUGAGCGGAUGGCCAAGAUUAAUGGAAAAUCCAUGGACAACAACAUAAGGUUCACUCUUGCAAACACUAGCUCAAACCGUUGGCUCACUAUAAGACUGGAGACUCUUGGGGGUGUCAUGAUUUGGUUGACUGCAACUUUUGCGGUUCUGCGAAAUGGGAAUGCAGAUAACCAAGCUGGUUUUGCAUCUACGAUGGGUCUCCUUCUGAGUUACACUCUGAACAUCACUACUCUGUUAAGUGGUGUUCUAAGGCAAGCUAGUAGAGCAGAGAACAGCUUGAAUUCUGUUGAGCGUGUUGGUAACUACAUUGAUCUUCCUUCUGAGGCUCUAGAUAUAGUUGAGAACAAUCGUCCAUCAUCGGGAUGGCCUUCAAGAGGAUCAAUAAAGUUUGAAGACGUUCACCUGCGUUAUAGACCCGGGCUUCCUCCAGUGUUACAUGGACUGUCCCUUUUUGUUUCUCCCAGUGAGAAAGUAGGAGUGGUGGGAAGAACUGGUGCAGGGAAGUCUUCUAUGCUUAAUGCGUUAUUUCGGAUUGUGGAAGUGGAAAAGGGAAGAAUCAUGAUUGAUGACUAUGAUGUGGCUAAGUUUGGACUGGCAGAUUUGCGGAGUGUCCUAAGUAUCAUACCACAAUCACCAGUUCUUUUCUCAGGGACGGUGAGAUUCAAUAUUGACCCAUUUAGUGAGCACAGUGAUGCUGAGCUCUGGGAGGCUCUACAAAGGGCGCAUAUAAAAGAUGUCAUCACCAGGAAUCCUUUUGGCCUAGAGGCAGAGGUAUCUGAGGGAGGUGAGAAUUUCAGCGUUGGGCAAAGGCAACUCCUGAGUCUAGCGCGUGCGUUGCUAAGAAGAUCCAAGAUCCUUGUUCUAGAUGAAGCAACUGCUUCUGUUGAUGUCAGAACAGACUCUCUGAUACAGAAGACCAUCCGUGAGGAAUUCAAGUCUUGCACAAUGCUUGUUAUCGCUCACAGAUUGAAUACCAUCAUCGACUGUGACAAGAUCCUUGUGCUUAGUUCUGGUCAGGUUUUGGAGUAUGAUAGUCCACAAGAACUGCUAUCAAGAGAUACAAGUGCGUUCUUUAGGAUGGUUCACAGCACAGGGCCAGAAAAUGCUCAUUACCUUUGUGACUUGGUCUCUGAACGGAGAAGUAAUGGAAUGAGACUAGGUGGAUAG